AUGCUCUUAACACUUCCUCUCCUCCUUACAUUCGUCUCCAGUCAAAAUGUUGUUUACGGCGUUCCACAAGUCGAUUUUGACCGCAUGGGCACAGUUGGGCUAGCUGGCGCAUUUGCAGGCCUCGAUCUUUUUCACAAUUCUUCAGUCUCCUUCGACUCGACCACAUCAACCCUCCUUUCCCGCUCUUCCGACGGUUCCCUCACUUCUCUCGCGUCGACUAAUCCCGGAGGCAGUAUACUCGCAGGCUGCACUCUUGGAGACACAUUUUAUUUUUCGGGCUCGUUUACCUCUAUUAAUGGCGUGUCUGCGUCAAACGUAGCUUCAUACAAGCCAUCCUCAGGUUCCUUUGCCUCUCUUGGCUCUAAUGGGCCCAAUGGCGAGGUCGGGGCGAUAUUUUGUGAUGCGAAGAAUAGUAAAGUAUGGGUGGGAGGGAACUUCACGUCGCCUGCUUCCUCAGUCGCUGUCUGGAAUGUACCAACUGACAUGUGGGUACAACCACCUUUCUCCGGCCUCACAGGCGCGCAGGCCAAAGUCAACUCCAUCACAACAAACUCUUCCCAAACAAGUUUGUUUUUUGCAGGAUCUUUCACAACCUCCUUUGGAACUUCCGCUUUGAAUGGAACUAACAAUCCUAAUGUCCCAUUUUCCGCGGGCGCAACUCCAUUCUCAUCCUCUCUGGUUCCCGUUCCUUUGGGGCAGGCUGAGAUUGACGGAUCUCCAUCAUCGGACGCAACUGGAUUCAGUGAUAUACAUAACAUUCUCUGCCCAUCUGGUCCAGACGGUGCAGGUAACACCUGGUUAGCGGCGGAUCAAAAUGCUGCUGUCAUUACCAUAAGGACAUUUUCUUUCAUAUCUGCCAAUGGAGUGCGCCUAGGAAAUACCUUCCAGAACAAUCAUGGAACAACAGGCUUCACUGUAACAACGAUUCCAGACAACAAUGUUCAAACCCUUCAGUAUAUUGAUCCAACGACCGGUCAAAACACCACAUGCUCCAAUCCGUGUCCAUUAUCCACCGACGCCUCGAUCCUCUAUCAAGACUUUCUUUUCCCUAGUUCGAUGUCGAUUACCGGAGUUCAAAUCAAACUCUCAGAGUUUACGGGUGCUUCCCCGGGCCUGCACCUUCUACAACUAUUGUCAUCUGGUGCAUUCGCCUCAUCCGUAGAAGCUAAUAACGGCGUUUCGUGUUUUGCUCCGAAUCCGUCCAAUACCACGAGCACUGGUCAGUGGGUUGCGAAAGUCGCCAACACCAACAUUGCGGGAACAAUUCAAACCGUCCUCACCUCUGUGGUCGAAGUAGGGACCUCGACUUCGGCAGGCCCAAGCUUUACCUGGAUUCCAUACGUUUCAGCUGCAGGAAAUUACGAUAUCAAUUUGCUGAUUCCGGGUUGCACAAAUCUUCAGGAUUGUGCCAUGCGAACGACGGUGAAAGUUACUGUUUUUCCUGGAGAGGGCUUACAGCCGGUUGUGUCGACCAUCAGUCAACAGAACACGGCCGACACCGCUGCUCUCAUCUAUAGCGGCCCCAUCCUCCCGUCAUCUCCAGCCUUCGUCACUACGAUCUCGAUGUCACUAGCAGAUACUCCCGUAGGCACUGGCCAAUCGGGGCAGUAUGAACUCGUCGCAGAUCGUGUAGAACUUGUGCUACGUUCUUCAAACAUUUCCGCUUCAUCUGGGGGUGCCAAUGGUAGUACCCAGGGCGCUCAUCGCGGAUUCGGGUUUCUUGAAUGGCCUCUCAAUUUUCCAGCAGUGACAUCAGGCGGAACCACCGGCCUUCCCAAUUCUACCCUGACAUCCCUUGAUUCCCUUGGGUUUGACCUUUUGAAUGGUCUUGGAGGAAUUGUUACAUCCAACAACGUGAUCAUCAACGCUGUCGCGCACCACGCAUCCGGGGCCAUUUUUUUCGGAGGCGCGUUUUCCCUAACAUCGGGCGCAGCUUCAGGAUCUUCCAACAUUGCUAUUUUCAAGAAUGGGGCGCUCUCUCCGCUUCCGGAAAGUGGUCUAGAUGGUCCGGUGACCUCCUUUGCUCUCUAUGGUGAUCAAUUGUUUGUAGGAGGAUCUUUUCGGGAUACGAUAUCUGGAUCCACGCACGGCAGCCUCGCAGGUGUCGCACUGUAUAAUGUUCAAAAGAACACCUGGAGUUCUUUGGGAGCCGGCGUCAAUGGCAAGGUUAACAGUUUCGGAUUGUUAUCCGGACAACUACAAGUAGUUGGAAACUUCACCGUUGCAUCCUCUGACACAGCGACAGGUAUAAUCGCUGCUGGCUUUGCUGCCUGGGACAUCAAGAGCAAUUCAUGGGUAAACCCAGGUGGAUUUGUUGCAGGGAGCCUCUCCUUCAUUGGAAAUGGCACGUCGUCACAAUUCGUUGCUGGUAAUGUUGUUGCGUCCCAGAGAUUUGGUGCUGCCGGGAUGGUUAUGCUCAAAAAUGGUGGCAGCGACGGCCCCCAGGUGACGCCUCUUGGUGCUGAACUUGGUAUUUCCAGCUCCCAGAUAUCUACGAACUCCAGCUCUAGACGCCGAAGAAAUCACAUCUCCCGUGCGACAUCUUGGAUGUCGCAACUCACAGUGUCUCACAUUUUUUCCAGGCAAACGAAUCAACCAAUAUCCCUGCCAUCUUCCGUCACUGCGUCUGCUCCAGCUGUCCUCGCAGGCGCUUUUUGGACAAAUGGUUCCACAGAGAUCGUAAUCAUGGGUGGCAAUUUUUCUUUCUUCUCUGGCUCCGUAGCAUCACGAGGUGUUGGAUUGUACAACCCUCAGUCCAAGUUUAUACGAGGUCUAAAUGGCAGCCAACCAAACGGAACAGUCCGAGCGCUUUUGGUGGAUAAUAAUCACCUGUACGUUGGCGGUGAGUUUACUAUACCUGGGACAAAUGUGAACGGACUCGCAAUCUACGACCUAAAAAAGGAUCAGUGGGACAUCACUGGGCUACAACCUUUGCAAGGCAUCUCUGGAUCUAACGUUGUUGUUCGGUCUAUCACGAAAUCUGCUACCAAGGCCAAUACUGUAAUCGUGGCGGGAUCAUUUGCUCAGGCCGGUUCUCUUCGCUGUCAAUCCAUCUGUACUUUUGACACGGGUACGAUACAAUGGAAUUCUCUUGGAAACGGAAUCCAAGGAGAGGUCGCAUCUGUAGCAUACGCCGGCAAAGAUCAAGACACUCUCAUCGCCGCAGGGUCCAUUGCAUUGACUGACAACGUAGUCUCGAAUGUUGUGCAAUUCAGCUUCGCCAACGCUACCUGGAGUUCAGUAGGCACGAAUGCGGACCUUCCGGGUCCCAUGACCGCGGUCGAAGUAAAUGGUGGAAAUGCUAGCAGUAUUUUCGCUGCGGGUCUAUCGCCUGACGGCUCAACAACCUCCUUAUAUUUCUGGAAUGGUAUUAAAUGGACGACUUUAGGUUCUUCCUUGCAAGCAGGCAGCAAUGUUGCACAAUUAAUCAUGGUUCCUAUUCAAGAAACUCAUGCUGGAAACUCUGUCAUCGAGGCUGACCGUUUGCUCAUGAUAUCGGGCAUGUUAACAGAUCCAGUUUUUGGAAAUGCAUCUUCUGCCUUAUAUGACGGACAGAACCUUAUUCCUUACAUUGUAUCAACGUCACCGACAGGUGAUUCGGGAGCUGUGGCAUCACUAUUCCACUCAUUUUCAACGUUCAGUUUUAACCAACACCGUUUCCUCGCCGUUGGAGUUGUAAUUUUGAUCUCGAUCGCGAUUGCUGCCGGCGUGGUUUUUCUUCUAGCCCUCAUUGGUAUCCUGUGGACAUUGUUCUCUCGCAAAGAGGACAAAGUGAGCAAGCUUGAGGUGGAGGACGAUGAUGAUUCUACUCAUCACCGGCCGUCGUCGUUACUCGAGCACAUCAAUGCCGCCACGCGUACAACAAUAUUAGGCGCAACUCCUUUUGCGGACUACAAUACGGAGGAAAAAGUUGCUCAGGAUCCAUUCGGUCCAGAUGCGAGUAACUAUGUGCGUACUGAAACCCCAUCCGAUGCUGUUGGAGGGAUGCUUUCGGAGGAAAUGAGCAGACCUGCCCAUGCCAGGUACUCAUUUGAUGGGACUGGGGAGGGUGAACUGCCUAUCUCUGCUGGUUCGAAGGUAGAAGUAUUAGACGAUCGAGAUCCAGCGUGGUGGUACGCUCGAGAUGUGCAAACUGGUCGAGAGGGGGUCGUCCCUGCAGCUUAUUUAUACUGA